UUUCUUUCUUUCUUCUUGUUUUGUUAAGCAGACAUGUUUUCUGUGAUCUCUAUCUUGUGUCCUGUGGAUAAAGAUACGUUUUUUUUUUAAGGAAAGUUCAUUUCUUUGCAGAGACCCUUUCGAGUCUUGACUUGGUUGUGUGUUGCGUUCUAGGUUACUUGAAUCCAGCUUAAAGUAUGGAUUUUUUUGUGUUUUAAGCAGUCCGACCUUAGAUGAUUCCUUAUUUCUCUCUCUCUACGUUUAUUUAUUAGUUGAAAGCGACACACCCUUUACGUGCCCCUCUCUCUCUCCAUUAUAAAUUUGGUCGAGAUAUUAUGCAUUAUUUUGUGCCAUAAAAAAUAAAAUAAUAAAUUUCAAUUUUUAUUUAUUUUUCUUGGACUAGAUUAAGGCAAAGUAUUUGAAAUUGAAUACGGUGUUUAUUUAUGAAUUUGAACUCAUGGGGUACCCUUCAAAUUAAAUGUUUUCACAUGCAGACACCGAAGGCCAUAUCUUUCGCUGCAAGCACUGCAUAGACCAAAUCAUAAAUCUUUGAUUUUGUUUUCCUCUUUAGAAAGCAAGUUUUGAGUCGGUGUAUGCAUGUGUUAUCUGUAUCAGAUCUUUGAGCAAAGAUUCAGUGUAGUUGCUGGUUGAUCAAAAUCUCCAUUAAGUACUGAUGUCAGUUUUGGAGAAACCAUCAUCAAUAUCUUCUUCUGGAAGAGAGACUGAUCCUUUAUUGAAGGAUUUAAAUGAGAAGAAGCAAGGUUUUAGGAAAAAUGUUGUUUCUUUAGCUGCCGAGUUAAAGGAAGCACGUAAACGCCUUGCAUCUCAAGAGCAAUCAUUCGCUAAAGAAACAGUAACUAGACAGGAAGCAGAAAAUAAGGCUAAAACCAUGGAAGUGGAGAUUAGCAGGUUGCAGGAGCGAUUGGAGGAGAAAAAUGGCCAGCUUCAGGUGACAGCUUCUACCGCUGAGAAGUACCUCACAGAGUUGGAUGGUCUCAGACCACAACUUGCAGCCACUCAAGCUACGGCAGAUGCGAGUGCUGCCUUAGCUCAGUCAGUGCAGCUUCAAUGUUUAGCACUGAUAAAAGAAUUAGAUGCAAAGAACAGCUCGUUAAAAGAGCAUGAAGAGCGUGUAAGCAGGCUAGGAGAGCAAUUAGAUAAUUUGCAGAAGGAUCUUCAAGCAAGGGAAUCUUCCCAAAGGCAACUGAAAGAUGAAGUUAUGAGAAUUGAGCAUGAUAUCAUGCGAGCUGUUUCCCAGGCAGGAGACAAUAAAGAUUGUGAACUCAGGAAAUUAUUAGAUGAAGUUUCUCCUAAAAACUGUGACAAGAUGAACAAAUUUUUAGUUGUUAAGGAUGAAGAAAUAGCCAAACUGAAAGAUGAAAUAAGAGUCAUGUCUGCUCACUGGAAGCUUAAAACCAAGGAAUUAGAAUCACAGUUAGAGAAACAUCGACGAGCUGAUCAGGAAUUGAAGAAGAGGGUGUUGAAGUUGGAAUUCUGUCUUCAGGAAGCUCGCGCUCAGACUCGAAGGCUUCAGAGGAUGGGAGAGCGAAGGGACAAAGCUCUGAAAGAACUCCGAGAUCAGAUAGCAGCCAAACAGCAGGCUGUAUCUGAGGGAAACAAUGAAAAGCAAAAUUUCUGGGAGACAUCUAACUUCAAGAUUGUAGUUUCUUUGUCUAUGUUGAUCUUGGUUGUGUUCUCAAAGCGAUGAAAUAGUAGGUUAGAUUGUUGUAAAUGUCUUGUUAUCAUAGGUUUUGGGGAGCUUCAGAAGCCAUUUUAGCUUGUAGAGAUAGCCUAGGGUGGAGUACCUUUACCUUGUGCAGUGUAGUCAGAGGUGCGUUUUUUUUGUUCCCGUUAGAACUAGAGUCCUCUAGUUAUGCUGUACGUUUUAAAUCUAUGUACAGCCGUUUGGCUUCCUUAUUUGAACCCAUGACUUAAAGAUUAGCUCUUUUGUGCUGUUGAUUUUGCCAGCUGGAUGGCAUGAUAAUGAGCCUUGUGCAA